UAGUCAAGUUGGCGGGUUCUCGGGGUAGUGUAUGGGUUUUUCGUUGUAAAAAACCGGCACGAGCUGAGACUGAGCAAAAAACGAGACCACGUUUUUACUGCUACACACAGCCAGAGUAUUUUGCAAUGGUUUUUACAUCAAACCGACCGAUUUUAACACUAACCUACGUGUUUGGCUACCUCUUUUUUGACUGUCUGUGUCUCGUGUGCGUUUUUGUUUGAAUUUGACAUUUCGCGAAUGUUAUUGUACAAAAUCAAAGAGUCCGUUUCGUUGUAUUCUACGAGCCUGUAUUGUUGGUGAAAAUGAUAGGUCAUAUCGUUUAGUGUGUGUAGUUCUUCCAAAUACAAGUUCCGACAACACAAAAACUCGAAUAAGCGAAUACAACUUUACUAAAAAACCGUCAUAAAAAAGUGUUGUUGAAUGCCUGUAAAUUUGAGGUAUUAAUCUAUUUCAGUGAAUAGUGUAGACUGUAGACUGAAGAUUGUGUUAAGUAGUUUGCUGUAUUUAUAACCAAGGAGCUAUAAUGAAUAUGUAUCCGUGGUAUCGCGACUCCGUAGGAGGCCAGCUCGGGCAGUUAUGCGGCCCUAUGGCUACAACCAUUAAGACUGAAAAUGGAUACAACGAUUGUAUGUUAGCGUUAGACUACGCCACCCAGAGUAAGAAAGCAUUUGGUUGGGAUGGCAGCCAGGCUGGUGGAAAUCCUUCGGGGCCUCAAUCAGGUGGUGUUGGAGGACAGGGUGCUCAAGGACUGGUCCAUUGGAUGAGUGUCAUGGCGGAACAUAUGGAUCCCUCGAUGUCACAUUAUAUGCCCUGGAAUCAAGAGCAGUGUGGUCAACAUGGGAAAGAUGAUUACCCGAACUGGACGAGAAAUACCAUGGGAAUCAAUAAACAGGGAUAUGAAUCAAAGAUGAACGAACACAAUCAAAUGCAGAAAGGUCUAUAUGGAAUGGAAGACCACCAUCAUAUGACCGGAACACCAGGAAUUUACACAUCGGGAAGAUCGACGUCUAGCAGUUCUAGUCCUGGAGUCGCAGGUUCGAGUCCAGCACUGCUAGUCGUCCCUCAACCAAUUAAUGCAACCAAGAUGGGAGGCAUGCAGAAUGGUGGUCCUCAGCCGAGAAAGUACCAGUGCAAAAUGUGUCCUCAGGUUUUCGGUUCCAAGGCAGAACUCCAACUUCACACGCAAGCGCAUAUGCGCGAGGCCAAACCAUACAAAUGCUCACAGUGUUGCAAAGCGUUCGCUAAUAGUUCCUAUCUGUCACAACAUACUAGAAUACAUUUAGGUAUAAAACCAUAUAGAUGUGAGAUAUGCCAAAGGAAAUUUACUCAGCUCAGCCACCUACAACAACAUAUACGCACGCAUACGGGGGACAAACCUUACAAAUGUCGACACCCCGGCUGCCAGAAAGCGUUCUCCCAACUCAGCAACCUGCAGUCACAUUCUAGAUGCCACCAGACGGACAAACCCUACAAGUGCAACUCCUGCUACAAAUGCUUUAGUGACGAGCCAUCGUUGCUCGAACACAUUCCAAAGCACAAGGAGAGCAAACACCUGAAGACUCACAUCUGCCAGUACUGCGGCAAGAGCUAUACCCAGGAAACUUAUUUAAGCAAACACAUGCAGAAACAUGCAGAGAGGACCGACAAAAGGCCGCCCAUUGGACCUAGUUUGGACUUCUUCCCGGGACUAAAUCAUCGAGGCUUGGAUCAUCCCUAUUGGCCUAAAGUGAGUCCGGAUAGUGCAGAGAACAUGCACGAAUAUCCAAAUGACAUCUCCCGUCAGAUUCUGGAGCAAAAUGAAGAUUUAGUCAUCAUCCGGCAGCAGUUGGGACAAAAUCCUCCCGCACCACCUGGAACACCGAACACUAAUUUGAGCAACGCUUACGACACGUCCAUUUCCAAAUCCAACACCAACUCUGCAUUUACUCCCAUCAAUUCGAUGUCAGGUCAUUUAAAUCUGAACCAUCACCAGCUGGCACCAAACAGACCAUACAUCUACGAUGCUCUCAGCUUUCAAAAGCAAAACAAUCUGGACAUGCCCAAAAGCCAACCAUCGAACGGUUUCCCCAAUCAACUAAUCAGUCUACACCAGAUCAGAAACUACGCUCACCAGCCCAACCCUUCACUGAUGGAACAUUCCAUUCUAGGCUUAGGCAAGGAGAAAUAAAUUUAGUUCAUUUGGUUUUGUGAGUUGAGAAAAGGGUUUGUAGUGGGCUGGUCUGUAAUAUGUUUUGAAAGUACAAGAAAUAGUUUUCGUCAUAGUAUAAUUUGGUAUUUAAAAGAUUACCGAUAUAUGAAUCUCUAAAUAUAAAACCGAAACUUAUUCUAAAAUUGAAACCUUUCUGAUAUUUACUUUCUACAAUAGUUUGCAGAACUAUUCUCAGACUUGAACCUGAGUUUUGUGCUAAUAUUAUUUAUGGGUAUCAGUUUAUUUGACAUUUAUAAAAUAAUGUAUAUUUGUUGUUUUAAAGAUCAAAUGUUAGUAUUACACACUUCUGCUGACAUUAGAGUAAGAAAUUAUUUAUAUUUUUUAUUAUAAUAAAGCUCAAUACCGUAUUUUUGGUUUAAAUAAUAAAGGUUUGUUCCAACUCGAUACAAAACCGUUCUUGAAUCGUUAGGCGCAUGCGCAAUAACGAAUAAUUAUGCGCAGUAACACAUUUUUCGUUACUACGCAUACUUGUAACCGUUCAAGAACGGUUUUGUAUCGAGUUGGAACAAGCCAAUAGUAGACGAAAAUUAAUUGUAAAACAACCAUGGAUUGGCCUACGGGGGUUUUCACGGACGUUGUGAUCGUGCUGGCUCGUGAUCUCGUACUAAUUUUUAAUAUUUAAGCUAGCGACGGGCUCGGGAUUGUUGAUAUCGUUUUUGGGAUAAAGCCUUGUAUACAAAAUUUUAAAGCAAAAUAGAAAUUCUUGAGAAAGCAGUUACACAAACCGUUUCCCGAUUAGUAUAGAUGGUUAGACGAUGUUGGUAGAUUUGUUUUAAACAAUAAUUGGGAACAAUGAUUAAAAUAUUAAACUUAAAAAAUCUUUCCACAUCAACUAUUGUUCAUCUCUUCAGUUAAGCGACAAGAACAAAUUACAGUAGUCCCUUUUGUAAGUUACCUCUUUCUGGCUGAAUCUCUUAAACAAUUAACCAUAACCUAUUAUCAAAGACUAAAACCAGAGGUGUAACCAGGACGAUCCUAAGGGGGGAUUACAACUACUUGAUGGUCUCUGAGGGGUAUGGAAUAGUAAUGGUGUUAAGCAUAUAGAGCUCAAAGUAGAUCCAAAUGGGGGGAAGGGUUAUAACCCCCAAAAGCUCCCUGGUUACGCCUAUGACUAAAACUAAAGAGCUUAUUUUUUGUUGUAAUCUCGUUUCUUUUCCAGUGAGGUGAAAACGAACAAACAAUGUGACACAAACAUAAAUAAUUACUGUUCUUUAGAAAAUACUCAGAAGUCGGUACUAGUAAAUUAGAUGAGCUCCCAAAUAUAUACUAUAACUAUGUUGAACGAUCUUCUUCUUUUUCUUAGGCGUUAACCUGAUAUAGAUAUCGUGAUAUCAUGAAGCUAUUAGCUGAUUUUUCCAAUGUUCCUCCAUUUCUCUCUAUCUUCUGCCACAUUAACUAGCACGUUCUAAGAAUGGAGCGCCAAUAGUAGCAAAAAUAUGGUCCGUGUAUCGUGUGGGAGAUCUACCUCGACUUCAUUUACCUUCUACCUUUCCCUGGAUGGUGUUUCAAUACCAUUUCUUCGAUGCACCUGUCCAAAAUAGCCUAGUAUUUGUUCUGAUAGCCUGCUAUUUGUGUUCUUAGUCUUUUCUUUGUGCUUAUCUGGUUCAGUAUAGAUUCAUUUAUUCUUCGGGCCACGGUAUUCCCAGCAGCAAAUCUUUCUCCAUAAUGCUCUAGCAUUCCGAUGCAUGCAAGUGAAAACUGGAAAGACUUCUUACCAGUCUCAUUUUUUUAUCGAUAGUAAUUUCAUGGAUUUUACAAAUUUUUGUUAAGUUUGACAUAGAGCUUGUUGAAAUCGCUGACCGGCGCUUUAUUUCUUUAGUACAGCCCCUCUGAUAAGUUAUUAAAGAGCCCAGACACACAAAUUGAUCUACCACAGCGAUAUUGUUUAUCAUCGUUAGAUGAUUUUGAUUAUUGUUAGCUCUGUCAAUUAUCAUUAUUCUCGUUUUGUCUCUAUUUAUGUUGAACGAUCAUCAUCAUCAAUGGUGCUACAGCCGUAUGAAAGAGCAUCCACCUUCCCAAGUCUAUUACGCCAGUCAGUCCUAUCCAUUGUCAACCGUUGCCAGUUUACUGCGCCUAUUUUUCUCCCAUCCUCAUCUACACCAUCCUUCCAUCUGAGUUUUCCUACCCCUAUUUCUACUUCACACAGGUUGUGACAUAAGGAUUCUUUUAGGAGGGUUGUUCUGCUGUAAUCUUGCUAGAUGCCCUGCCCAUCUUAGUCUUCCUAUUCUUAUAAGAGAUACUACGUCUUUACAACCAAAUAUACGUUUAUAUCUGUGGUAUACCUUAUAGUUGUACCUCCUCUUCUAAACACCAUUUUCACAGAUGCUACCGAAUAUUCCUCUCAGGAUCCUUCGUUCAAAUAUAAGCAGAAGGUUUUCAUCUGCCUUGGAGAUGGUCCAUGUCUCCGAUCCAUAUGUCAAUACUGGCUCUAUAAGAGUUUUGUAUAUGGUUAUUUUUGAUUUUUGGCUUAAGUUUCUGCUUCUCAUAUGUCUACUCAGUCCAAAAUAGCAUUUGUUUGUAGGAUUAUCCUUCGCUUGAUUUCUUCCGUCAUGACGUUCUCCUUGGUGAUCAGGGAGCCUAAGUAUGUGAAUUUGUCCAUCACUUCAAAGGUAGAGUUAAACCGUGAAUUGGUCACCGAUGUUUCUGGCUCUAUUGUUGGGUCUUGAUGCCAUCGUCUUAGUUUUCUCAUCGUUCACUUGCAGGCCAAUAUUUUUUGAAGCAUUUGAGAAGGUGGUAUACAUUUCUUCUAGCUUGCGUGUUGCGCGGGCAACUAGGUCCCAAAAUGUGGGAUGAUUUAUUAAAAAUAUUUCCUCUGUUGUCUAUUCAGGCAUCUCUGACCGCCCUUUCCAAAGCUAUGUUGAAAAGGAGACACGUCAGCUCAUCUCCAACAUGCGUUUCAAAUGCCUGUGAUUGCUCGUCCUGUAUUUCGACUUUGCAAACAACUUUACGCAUUGUAGCCUUAACCAAUUUUAUCAGUUUAUCGCGGAUGUUGAACGAUAACUGUUAAAAAUUAUCUCUUGAAUGGAAAGCUCCAGUAUUAUGUACCUGUAUUAUUUAACUGUUUAUACUUUAAUUUACUGUUGCUAUUUUGUCUUUCUUAAAGGCAUAGAUGAUUUCAUCUAUAUUAACCAAUAUAUAAAUAAAACAAUUUCCUGAAAAAUUGUAAUUCUCUAACUAAAAAAUUUAAUUAUUUAAACGUAUGACUCAGAUACCAUUUUACAAAAUUACUAGUAAUGGCUAUCUAAUUUUAAUACAGCAAAACCAAUAACUGCAAGUAUUAUUAAUUUAGCAAGACUCUUUGUCUCAGUCAUAAAUUUUAACAAAGCACUUAAAUAUUUAUACUGAUUGGGGGAGUAUUUUUUUUGUUCAGUAAAUGAAUCAGGUAUCAGUUAUUCUUUGCUUUUUACCUCAUAUUUUUUAAAUUUCGUUAUUAUCUACAACUAAUAAAUAUCAAUGCAAAAGGGAUUUUAAUAAAUUGGAGAUUUUGCCGAUGUUUCAUAUUUAGUCAAAAUAUUUAAACUCCAUAUCGUGUGUGAAAAGUAUCACUAUAUUUAAUUCAUCACGCAAGUUUCACACAUGCCAGAUUUUCAGGUGUUGUACUGUAAGAUCAGCCAGAAUAGGUGUAACUGUCAACAGAGGUGCUACCAUUUUUAAGCCAAUUAAUCCAUUAUUUUAUUUGUUUUGAUCAUAUCCAAAGGAUUUUUGUAUAAUUGGAAUUUCCCUCACAACACUUUCCGAAUUUCAAGUCAAACUGAAUGCACAUAUUCGUUACUGGAAUCUCCCCGCCAUUUUCAGCGAUAACAAAAAUCAAAGAUUGCAAUAAAGAAAAUGUAUACAAAACCCAAAAGCAUACCAUUACCAAAUUGGAACUUCCCGAGUUAUCUAUUACGCUCGUACCACACAGAGGGCGCUAGAACGUUUUGGCUAGAAGUUAUGCACGAAGAUCCUAUUAUAGGAUCUAUAAUAGUCCACGUGGUGAGACCGCUCCCGUCUGAAAAAAUUUCUGAUUCGGUUUCUUUGUGGAUUCCUAUUAAAAAAUGUCCCCUUUAAACAAAUCUGAAGGGUGCCAGGCGGAAUUUUUGGGCAGAAAUUGUUUAAACAAUUUUUUUAAACAAAUACAAAAGAUCUCCUUUUUUGCUCUGAUACAUAUUUUUUACAUUGUUUUGGUCAUUUUUAAACAAAAAAGAUGUCUUGUGAUUUUUCUCAACAAUUGAUAAUUUUCGAGUUUUAGGCGAUUUAAAAUCUGAAAAAUGCGAAAAUACGCAUUUUCGACGCUUAAAAACACAUAUUUAAAUUAGUAUUUUUGAGGUUACCAGACACUUAAAUUGAAGUUUAAACAUUCAGGUUUAAGAUUCUGAAAAGUGAUCGGGUCUAACCUUAAUUUAGACAGUUGUUUUUUAAUUACUAAAUAUGGAAAAAAUAUUUUUUUAGAUUCAAUGGGACAUUCUAAAUUAAUAAAAUAAGUUUUUGUCAUUUUUCUCAAAAGAUAAUAGUUUUAAAUCGCUUAUAACUUUAAAACCAUUAACUUUUUGAGAAAAAUGACAAGAAAUCUAUUUUAUUUAGAAUGUCCCAAAUAAUCUAAAAAAAUAUUUUUCGGAGAAAAAUAGGAUAUUUUUGAAAUAGAGUGCGCCGCACUGGCAAAAAAAUCGGAUGAACACGCAUAAUUAACAAUUAAAUAACAAUUGUGUAAAUUAAAGUUAAACCCGAUCAUUCUUCAGAAUCUUAAAAAUGAAUGUUUAAACUACAAUUUAAGUACUUGGCGACCUCAAAAAUACUGAAUUAAAUAUGAGUUUUUAAGCCUCGAAAAUGCGUAUUUUCGCAUUUUUCAGAUUUUAAAUCGCUUAUAACUCGAAAACUAUCAACUUUUGAGAAAAAUGACAAGAAACCUUUCUUGUUUAGAAUGACCCAAAAAACCUGAGAAAAUAUUUUUUUGUUCAAAAAAGGUGAUGUUUUGUAUUUGUUUAAAAAAAUUGUUAAAACAACUUCUGCCCAAAAAUUUCGGCCGGCACCCUUCAGAUUUGUUUAAAGGGACCAUUUUUGAAUAGGAAUCCGCAAAGAAACCGAAUCAAAAAUUUUUUCAGACCGGAGCGGUCUCCCGACAUGGACUACUAUGCUUUCGCUAUAGACCUAGUAUGGCAAACUGAUGAGAUGUUUACGUACUUAAAAAGUAACAAAGUCUGUACUGCAUAAUAUUGUAACGUCCACCUUUCGGAAACAGAUCUCGAUAGGUUAUUUUAUACUCUACAACUACUCUACAAAUCUCAUAUUGUAGAUAUUUUUUUAUUUUUUGACCCUAUGUAAUUUACACAACAAAUUUCGUAGGUAUUUAAAUAGCAAGUUCAAAUGUACUUAAUUGAGUUACUGCUUUCUCAAAAAUUUCAUUAUUUUACAUUUAAUAUUGACUAGACGACCUUAAACGAUUUAAAAAUUUGCAAUUGUUACACAGUGUGCACAAAAAUAUGCACUUACUGCAUAAAAUGCUUUAAAAGUUGUAUUUGUAAAAGUGUGCUAAUAUGAAAUAAAUAGAACGAAAUAAACUUAAGCUGUUAAUGCUCUCGUCUCUUCAUUUGUAAUUACCAUCAAAAUGGUUACUUAACGUAGUGCAAUAUAUUAAUAUAUAAUGAGAAUGAGACUGAAACUUGAUCAGUUUUGAAUGUUUUAUUAAAUGGUUGUAGUACACAAUCAGAUAGCUGUUUAGAUGCCGUAUAUUAAAUGUUUUUUCAAAAAUAUUGUUUAAAUCGGGUACAUCAAUGUUCUUUCUGUUUUAUACCAUUAGGUCCCGUUUUAUAAAAUAAAGUGUAAUUUUAUUGUUUCACUUCGAUGGAUUGCAAAUUUAGAUACCAACCAUCAUUUUCUGCAAUAUUUGGUGUUUAAAAUUUUUUGUACAUGUAAUGAUUUAGAGAUAAAAGGCUUGUAGUGAUUAAUUUUAGAUUGAAAAUGAUAUUAUUUAUAAUGGUAACAGGUUUAUAAUGUUUAUAAUCUAUUCGCAGUUGAGAAAAAGUGCGCCCAAAGAAUUUCACAUGAAUAGAUCCUGGUUUCGAACUUCAUCAUUAUUAUUGGCUCUACAUCAGCUUUCAUUCUAUCUUCCUAUCCUUGUCCUUAAAUCAUGCUUUUGUCCUUCCUCUUCUUCUCAUUCCAUACUGUCUUUGAUUAUAAAUGUGUAUCACAGGCUCCAUCUCAUUCAUUAUCUCAGUGGCGUAGUCACCGCAGCCUGCUUAUUUUGACGGACUUACCAAUACAAGUUUCUUUAGUCCAUAGUAUCCUCUAUUUGUUAGAUAUCGUCGGCCUGAUAUGAAAAGUGCCUAAGUCCAAAUUAACAAAUUUUACAGGAGACGAAAAAAACUGAUUUGAUUUAAAGAAUGAUUUUGACUUAAAACUUUAUCUUAUUUGACACAGUUACUUAGAAUAGUGUCCGUCAGCCUUCUCAUAAAGAUAGAUCUAUUUUUAAAAUAUUAUUACUUUAAAAAUGGAGUUAGACAACUUUCAUUUUUAGGCACAUUGGAGUUAGGCACAUUUAAUACAGAAAAUGUUGAAGAAAUAUGCGUAACUCCAUAAAAAGUCGCCAAAAAUAAACUGUGAAAAAUACUCAAGUCCCACAAGAAAAACAAAAAAUGUGGGGUUUUAAGGAUAAUAAUGCUACUUAAAUGUAGUUAACACAAAAAGUAUAAUAUGAUCAAAUUGAACUUACCUUCAAUAAGUUUACACUAUUUCCAUGAAGAUAUGCGUAUAAUACUUUUGUUGAAGAUAUAACACAGCAGCGCAGCAAAAGUACAUCUAACCUCAAUGACAAUGAUGGACUUUGGCAAGUUUCAUGUGAUUCACCCAACGCCGUGGAGUUCUUUGUUGUGGUUCUAGCGACAUCUAUUGACUUUUUUGAACUUUUUUUGUCUUGCUAUGCAUUCGUAUAGUAUUUUUACUACAAAAGCGAUAUUACGUAGGUCAAAAUUUUUGACGUAAGAGAACUGUCAAAACAUUAGAAUGUGAAUUUAUUAUAAACAUGGCAAUAAUAAAAAGUCACAUUCUAAUGUUUUGACAGUUCUCUUACGUCAAAAAUUUUGACCUACGUAAUAUCGCUUUUGUAGUAAAAAUACUAUACCAUAAAUAUUAAUCAGAUGUCGCAAAAAUCUCAUUUUUGCUUAUUUUGGGACUUAGGCACUUUUCAUAUGAGGCCGACGAUAUAUAAGUUUGUUUAUUUCUACAGUUACUGUAUUACCUCGGUUGAUUUGUGAGCCUAGAUAUAAUAUGAGCUCUCUUACUCCGACGAAGGUAGGUACCUAUAUGUUCCAACCGGUAGAACGGGUUUUGCUACUAGCUUAUUAUUUGUUACCUUCAUAUACCUAGUUUUACUAGUAUUAACGUGUAGUCCCAUUCGUUUUGCUGCUGAUUCCAAUGCCGUCCGCCUUCCUUCUUGCUAUGAUAUCGAUAUCAUCUGAAUACGCUAAUAUUUGUACACUCCUACAAAUAAGGGUUCAUCUUAUUGGUAUUCUAGAUUCUCUAAUGGCUUUCUCUAGGGAAAUGUUAAAUAGAAGGCACGAUAGGCUACAUCCUUAUCGAAAUCCUAUUUGUGUCUAGAAAAUUCUUGAUAUUCCGCUCUGCACUCUAACCUUACACUCGACUGUUAAGAGCGUCGAUUUCACCAAUUUCACUAAGUGUAUUGGGAUGUUGAGAAUUCUACCAUGGCUUUGUAUAGUGCGUUUCUGUUCACACUGUCAUAGGCACUUCUAAAAUCCACAAACAAAUAGAUUGGUGAAUAUGAUAUGGUUAGUACUAAUUCAAUACUCAUGUUUUUUCCAAAGCUAGUCUUAGAAGAAAUAUUUGAUGAAUAGUUGAUUCUUCUUUUGGAAACCCACUCUGGUAUUUGCCUAUUAUAUUUACACAAUAUCUCGAUCUUCUUCUUCUUGUAUUGCCAACCAUCAUGGCAAUCUGUACUUUGCACAUUGCUGCUCUGAAAAUAUUUGUGGUUGUUGUGUUGAGCCACGUAUGUAGAUUUUUCAGCCAGGUAAUCCUUCGUCUUUCUGGUCCACGUUUUCUUUCUACUUUUCCUUACGAGAUUAUUUGCAGUAGUCCAUAUCUUCCCUGUUCCUCAUGAUGUGACCGAGGUAUUCGAUUUUGGCUGUUUUUUAUUGUGGUUAGCAGCUCUUUUUCUUUUUGCAUUCUACCGAUAGGCGAUUUUAAAGAAUGUAAGACAAUAUUUUGUAAGUCACGUUUAGAAGGGUAAUUGCCCUGUGGUUAUCACAAAUUGUUUGGCCUCAUUUCUUGUGAACAGGUACAAUUAUAGCUACUUUCCAGUCUGCUGGUAGUUUUACCUGCUUCCAAAUCACUUCGGCUUCGAUCUUUCCGAAUAGAAAACAAGGUCGAGGUACAAUUCAUCUCCUGUUGUCUUUCCCUCUCUAAGUCUUACUCUCAGUCUAUCUUUUCCCUUCCCCCCCUCUCUCUCUCUCUCUCUAUUGUUAUAUUGUGACCAGUGGGCCAAUGAAUACUCCAUUGGAAAGUUGAUGACGUAAUGUCCAUGCAUUGUGUGCGCUUUUUCUUGACUGUGAAUAUAUUAUACUAGGGCUAUCCGAUAAGUACUUAGCCUUCAAAAGAAAAACGAAAAUUUUGGAAAAGUUGCGAAAAGGGGGUCUUCUUUUAGCUCGAUAUACUUGACCCGACAAUUCUCGACCUUCUUUAACCCGUCUUUAACCCGUUUUCUUCGAGGUCUGCAAAGUAGACUUCCCUGGAGGUGAUGAACUCUUUAUUCGACUUAAAUUUCUAUCCAGCGAGUGACUAUUUUAAGUUUGCAAACAAAAAGAAGUCGUACAGGCGCAAAUCUGGAGAAUGUGUUGGAUCAAACAGCAGUUUGUAGUCCAGUUCGACCAAUUUGGCCAUGGCGAUGGCGGAGGUGUGAGCCGGACCGUUGUCAUGGUGGAAGAGUAUUUGUUCUUCGCCAAUUGGGGCUGUUUCUUCUGAAAUUCGGCGUCAAAUCAGAUCAAUAAUGCGGAAUAGUAAAGCCCUGUGAUCGUUUUACCCUUUUCCAGGAAGUGGAUAUAUAUCACACCUUGUGAAUCUUAGAAAAUGGUGGCCAUCACCUUUCCUGCCGAUUGGACAGUCUUCGCCCUCCUAGGAGCACGUUCGAGGGGUGACGUGCAGUGUAUGGACUGUUCCUUGGUAUCUGGUAUAGAGGAACCAUGUUUCGUCGACGGUUAUGAAACAACAUAGCAACUGAUAUGGAUUACGCUGGAACAGCUUCUGACACUGCUCUGAAUUGGUCUUAUGGUUGCGUUUAUUGUUCGGAGUUAGAAAAUGCGGCAGCCAUCGCGCCAACAUCUUUUUAUGCCCAAAAUUUCAUGCAGAAUAUGACCAACAAGAUCUUUUGAGAUGUCUACUGUCUCAGCUAUCUCACGCACCUUGAGUGGGUAGUCUACCAAUUCGAGAUCGUGGUUUCUUUCACGUUAUCCUCAGUGGUAGCCAUUUUCGGGACAUCAAAAACCGACGUGCCACCACCUUGAAACUUGUUAAAUCAAUUUUUGAUAAUUGCCAUCGAAGGAUAAGAGAGUCGCCAUUUACAGAAUUCAAGGGUUAAAAACAAGAGUCGAAUCACCGACUGAUAUUGCAGUUUUUUCAUUUUUCUUAAAUCCCCAAACACGCCCGCUUACACACCCGGUCAAAACAAAACUACGAGUCCGAUUGGUCUGAUAUUUUGACAUAGGCCGUCUACAAGAAUGUAUUACACGAUUGUAGGUUUCUCUUGCGACACUGGCGCCAUCGAGUGGAGAGGCUAAGUACUUAUCGGACUACCCACUAAAACAAAACUUUUAAUUAUGUGCAAAUACCUCACUUUUUUCUUUAGUACCCCAUGUUUGUUGUAGUACUGUUAAUCUGUAAGUACCUAUCUUGUUUGGGACCUCAGUUUUUUAACUUGUAAUAUGUAAUGAAGUCACUACAUUGAUCAUCUCUAGUUCUUGUUUCAAUUUCUCUCGGCAGUUUUUGUGUUGGAAAUUCAAUUUUUAUCAUUUAUAUCAUUACAGGAUUGCUUUUUCCUACAUAGGAAUCUAUUCUGUUCUUUUAAAUCUAAAGAGCUUUGAACAUUGUACUUGAUUAUAUGACAAUAUUCACACCCCAUUAACUUUUCUUGGUCUAUUAACCAAAUUGAGUUAAAUUAGUUUGUGUAUGUCUCGAAGUAUCUUGCACAUUCAUGCGGCAUAUUUUCUUAGAAUAUAAAAGAAUCAGUUAAGGUCGUCUUAUUUUUCCAGUGGGUACUGUAAUAUCUGCAACAGAGUACAAGGUAGGUUUCUGGUACUAUUUUCGAGGACGUAUUUUCUCAAAAUAGUUCCUAUUUUGUGAAUAGGCAAAGAUAUAAAUACAAUGUGAAGUUGUAACUAAUAAGGUUGUACAGAAGAAGUUGUAGUUAAUUAUUUUUUGUGGACCAGAAUUCAACUUUUUAUAGGAAUAUUUUUAUUUAAUUUUUACAAAGUAAUUUUAGUUUGAAUUUUUGUCCUCAAAAUAAAAACAUAGCUCAAUAUAUUCUAUUUAUAAAAGUACUUUUUAUUUAACUUUUCUUUGGUUGGGAAACUGACAUCAAUGAAUGAUUUUCAUUUAUAAAUCUUUCUGGAAAAUUUUCCGCUCUAUUAUGUUGAGGGUAUAAUGUAUGCUCUUACUUUUGUUUAAAUUUGAAGAAUUAUACUUUUAAGUUUUUGGUGCAAAUAUAGUAUUAAAAUGAAUUGUGUUAUAAAAAUUUUCAAAUUUUAUUUUGGAAAACGAUUAACACAAUUUAUCUCUUUAGAUUAUAGAAAGUAUUUAAUUUUGCUCAUUUUUAUAUACAAAAUAUCAUCGCUUGUCAAUUACUGAAACUGUUAUUCUAAUAACUACAAAAAUAUUCAAUAAUAAUUAAAAUAAGCAUUAUGAUAACAUUUUUUUAACUGAACCAAGACACCUGUGGAUAAUUCUUAUGUGUUCUAGUGACAUAAUCAUUAAAAACGCCAGAAGUCAGAGGCGUGCCAUUUUGUAAAAUUAUUUUAAAUGCUAUCAUAUCGGUAUAAAUACAUCGCUUGUCCUACAAACAUAAUGUAGAUGUCCUAAAAACAUAAAAGAGUUAUUCUUUUACUGGAAACUGGAAGCUAAAUUAAGAUAAUGUUCACAAUUCAACGGUUACCAUUUUGAAAUACAGAAUACAGCUACAGAAUCGUACAAAAAAAUAUGAACAUAGUGAGUACCUAAUAGGGCUUUUCAUUCACAGUCAUUUGUUUCGAGCUUCUGUCAUAUGUCGUAUAAUCCGUGUAUAUUAAUAUUAUACACAGAUUAUAGGUAAAACAUAUGACAGAAGCUCGAAACAAAUGACAAUAGAUGAAAAGUCCUAUAGAUACACGAGCUUUCAAAUAAAUCACAUGUCAUACUCGUAUUAUGGUCAUUUUAACAAAUGACAUUAACUAAACAAAUGAAUUAUAUCAGAAUAUUGAAAACUGAAAAAAUAAAUUUACAGGUUCAAGUGUUUUCCAUAAAAGCUGCAAAUGUUAUUAGUAUGGCCCAUAGUUGCCAGUAAUCAUUAAACAAUCGCCAUUUUGAGAAGUUAUCACACAAAAAUUUCACAGAAAGUGAAAAUUUCACAUAAACCAAAAGCUUUCACAUAAUGUUAUUACUUGCCAUACGAUCCCAUUUAAAAUUCUUUUUAAUAAUUACGUCACUGAAAUACCAUAAAAGCUAUAAAUAGAUACUUUAGUUCAGGUCAGAUUUUCAAAAAUGUAUUAAUUUACGUGCUUAUUACAUACCUACAAUUUAAUAAUAUUUUAUCAUAGACCAACAAUAAGAUCAUAAUAUAUUUUUAUAUGUGAGUUAAGUCUUUACAAUUUAAAAUAAAUUGUUUAGUAAAUAUAUCUACCUACUUGAUGAAUGAUUCAGUAGCUUCAGUAGGUACACAGAAUUAUAGAACAAAUAAGUGAAUUUUAGUUAUUUGAACAAGAUCAUUUAAUUUAUAUCUAUGGAUAAUUUUCGUUAAAAACUUGGUUCUUCUUGCCUUCAUCAAUCAAGAUCUGGAUAUACGUCUCUUUUCAGAUUUUCAUUAUUUUCUGCCUUCUGCGACUUUCAUCCAGUUUAUUUCCAUUAUUUUUGAAUAUUUCUAAAAUCGAAUUUCGAAUAAUAAGUAAGGUUUGUUUCUAAUAUCUGAGUUCCGCAUUCUAUCUUUUGAAUAUCUCAUAUCGCUUAGGCCCGGCGCAAAUUGAACCUAAUCGAGACACAACUUGCGCCGGCGGGACGGGUGACCCGUGCAUCUAUUUUUCUAACGCGCCGCAUAUGAACACAACCCAACCGUUGGCUAUCGACGUGGCGAAUAGAGGCGGGCAAAAUCAGUGCGGACAUGUAACGGUUACUUUUGAUACCGGUUCUCAGUGGUACUGAGUACAAAAACUGAUUACAAAAUACUGAUGUGUCUGAUCCUUGUACUGAAUUGAGUAGGCAACUUAAAAUCGGUAUUUCCGUACUUGUAACUAGUAACGUUUUAAAAAUAUCUUACACGUCCCUAGUAGUCGUAGCGGUUUGACUUUCGAAAACAUCGAAUUUGAUCAUAAGCGGGUGCAUAAAAAGAUAUCUUACACUGAGUAUUUAAAAUAAUCUCUCCCCUACUGCUCGGUCAUAACUCAUAUUCCUCAAUUUACUGCUCGGAUCACAAUCAUUUACAAUUACUGCAGGAUCGCAAUCAUUUAUAAUUACUGCAGGUCAUAAUUCAUAAUCCCUCCGCUACUGAUCGGUCAUAAAAAAUAACACUAUCUGCAUAUUUCGUUUUUAAUUUUGAAGCAUAAACAAAAAUGUAAUAUGCCGACAAGUUGAAUUUGAGGGUAAUACCAUAUUUUGAUCGAUCACGGUUUUAAGUAACAUUAAUAUUUUCUAAUAAUGUGUUUUUGUAAAGGCAUAACUUUGAUUAUUUAUUAAUUUCGUAUCGCCGCUUGCUUAUUUAGUCUACCAAAAGUUAUCAGAAUUUAAUGACAAAGACAACGCAGUUUUCACUCGGGGUGUUGACUAUGCUAAUAUUUUUAUUUAUCAUAAUAAAUUGUACUCAGGUAAUACCAUCCGUAUUCAUUUCAAAUACUUCCAUCUCGCAAACAAAAACAAGUAAAAAUAAACAUCUGGCGGUGAGUCACGCGUCCCACGGCCCAAGAAAACUGUACGCUGAUGACAAACGUUCCCAAGCGAGACCUGCGAACAAAUGCACAGAUAGUAGGAUGCGCAGAACUGUCUACGCAGUUCGCCGGCGCAGGUUGUGUCUCUCUUAGUUUCAAUUUGUGCUGGGCCUUAUUCUAUUGCUCACUGAAUUACUCUUAAGUUUCUUAUCCAGAAGUCAUCAUUUUAAGUUUAGUUUACCCGAGGCAGUCAAUCUUAGUUGAACCUUCCGAACAACUUCAGCACUUUGAUGUUGCUUACCCAUCUUGAUAAUGUGUCCAUGCUAGGUAGUGUUCAACAAUUUCUAUUAUUGUGUUGUCAAUGAUGAUAUUCUUCUGAAGUUUGGCUAAUAUUUAGUUUGAUAGAUACUUAAUUUGUUCUGACACUUAAUUUAGUUCGCCUAUCAAGGAUUCCAGCUCUUAGGUUUUUGCGAUUAUCAAAAGAACCUGUGAACCUUCAAUACCUGAGAAAGCUUCCGUCGAUGUUAAAAUUCUUUCUUUCCUACUUUAAUUGUUUGAAAACAUCUUCUAAGGCUAAUAUAAAGAUUCUAAUGAGUACAUUUUUAAAUUCAGUUUUCUCUGGUUGAUAACGAUCAACCUUUGUAGUAAAACGAUUGGAUUUAGACCAGCUUUCUCUAAACCCUAAAUUUUUGAGGAUCAAACUGGAUCUAAACUAUCGUGAAGAUUCAUAAUAGGUAGGUACCUACAUUACCUCUUUAUCUUUUGCGUUUGUAUCUUUUUUCCUCAUUCAAAUAUUUAUCUAUCUUUGAUAUAUUAUUUUUCUACCUUUAAAUCCCCAGUUAUAUUACCUACAGCACCAACAAUAUUGUUAAUUUUAUUAAGUUUUUUUGUGGAAGACUUUUAUCUUCUAGUUGUCUUGUUUCUUUAUGAAUUUACCGUCUUAUCUUUCCAAUUUUGUUGAACCUUUAUGAAAGAUAUUCAAACAUUUAUAUGUUCUUCAUUAUGUUUUCUCCAAGUUUUAAAUAUGUUACACUAUCUCCAGUCGUUUUCUAGUGGCUCUAUUCAGUUUUGAAGUCCUAUGGUUUAAUCUUUUGGACAUAUUUUGGAGAUAUUUUGGACAUAUAACUAGAAGAAGAGAAGGCAAGGAACGAAUGAUAGUUGAAGGCAACGUAGAGGGCAGAAGAUCCAGAGGAAGAUCUGCAUUACGAUGGUCGGACCAAAUAAAGGACAUGACUGGUUUCUCAUUCUCCGAAGCAAAACAACACGUGCAGGAGAGAGAGAAUUGGACAGAAAUAGUCAAACGACUUACAUGACGCCACUACAUCCUUACGAAAGAGAAAAGAUAGAGGAGGAGGUUCAAUCUUCUCUUCAUUCUACGCAAGGUAAAAUGCAUCAAAACUAACAUGGUUCUUGUCUUUGCUGGCUUGUCUUUUCUCCUGCUGUUUGUGUUUGUUAUUAUCUUAAUUACGUUAUUAUGAUACAUAGUGAAAUUAUUAUAACACCUUUGCAGUCUGUAGCGGUUUGCCUGUUUCCUUGCUUUAUUAUAGAUGUCAUAUCAUCAGCAUUAUAUUGUUGAUAGUGAUUAUCAUUACACAUGAUGCUACAUCCUACAGCCGUUAUCAGGUCUCUUGCACCAUACUGUUCUGUUCAGUGCUUGGGUUUCCAAUUUGGAAGCGUUGAUCUUCUCAAAAUUUUGCGUAUCCCUGUCUACACACCUGCAUUGAUCCCGUUUGAUCAUACCCACUGGUUGCAUAGAGUGCUUCUUUUUAUAAUAUUUGAUUCUCCUGCUCGGGAUUGAUGUUCUGUCCAUUGCAGUCAUAAUCCCGUUACAAAAGGUUAAGCUAAUUUUUUCUUCUAGUUCAAUACCUAUGUUCAUUAACUUGACUGGCGUUAAUUUGAAUGUUUGCUUCGUUUUUCGGGAUGUGUAGCUGGCAACAUAUAUAGCCCUGUCAUCUUUUAAAAUUAGGUCUUCGUCUGUGCAAGUCUUGUGCUAUCUUCUCAGGUUACUAGCACAAAGUCAGACGCCAGUUCUUUUACUAAGUGCUAAGUGCUUAGUAGAAUCCACUUAAAUUAGAUCAUAUUUAUGGAAGACUUAAGUGUAAUUAAUGUAGGAUUCGUUCAAGACAAUCGUAAUAAUAGUCCGUGUGAUGUUUAACAGUUUUAAAUAAUAAAAUAGAUAACUAAAUUAUAGAUACUAUUAAAUUGACGAAACGUAAAAGUGUUUGUGUAAUUGCGACUAAAAUUUUACGAGUUCUCACAAAAGAAAUAUAUUGGGAAAUAAUUGCGUCUAAUCAAUAUUAUAACCGGCUUGUCAUAAUAUUCGUCUUAAAGCGUCGUUUUCUAUUAUCCCAAAGAACACGUCCGUCUAGAUCCUGAUGUUAAAAUCGACUACCAAUACAACCCCCACGCUAAAUAAAAUUCUCUUACUGCUAAUCUCCCUUUUCCGUUUUCUCCUGAGAACCAACCCAUUAAAAUUGGUUCAAAGUAGGUAUGUACCGACCUUUUCCAAUAAACGAAAACAUAAAAAUUGGUCAAAUUUUUAAUCGCCUUAAGGACGAUUGAAAAUAAACACAAUAUUCUCACUAAACUACCCGUCGAUUAGAUAUGCCCACACAUCUGCCCCGAAGAGCGUCGACGGACACUGGUUUCGUGUUUUGUAAGAAUAAUUAAAGAAAAAAUAUAUCCAGGAGUCUUAAAAAUUAAGAUAAAAUAUUAACAACUUUACAUUAAUGUAAUAGACUUACAUUUUUGAUACAGCAAUUAAUCCUAUUUAUCUGAUCAGACGUGUGCAUAGAGCUAGAAAAUAGUGGAAAGAUUAUUGAUAACCCUCGAGUUAUACUAUAAUUCGUUACUGAUUCAAUCUUGUUAAAAACUAUAGGGCCAAUUAUGCCACACAAAAAAAUUAUGUAGUUUUUAAGUAUUAUCUACUUUGUGUUCCUAAUUCACAGUUUGAGUAAUUUGAAAAGCGAUAUUUUUGUAUACGUUGACACAAAAAAUUGUAUACGGAUACUGUAUAAAAAGAAUUCCGACAUUUGUACAUAUUUCGUUGCCACUUGCGUUAUGUUAACGUUUUCGCAACAAUUGUUAAUUUUAAGUUUCAAACAAGCUUUAAAUUACUACCUAGGGUUGAUAUUUUUUCGUAAAAGUUGUUAACAUAUUGUAAUAUGUUAUAUUUUGUACAAUAUACUUUCAAAAAGCUUUUUAGCUUGUGAUUAUUAAAAUGUAUUUAUGAAAAGAAGGUUUUUGUUACACUCUUUAUUAAUAAAAAGUACUAUUCAUUUA